UUAUCAACCUCCUCACUAUUCAAACCAAUCUCCAACACAUAAAACACAGUUACUUAUUCUCCUUCCUUUUCACAAGAAAAUAUCAUGAAUUUCCUCUCAUCUUUGACUAAGAGCGCCGGCGGCCAAUCAGCCGACGAGCCUAAGAAAACCGCCGGCGAGGAAGCUUCAACUACUGACCUUUUUUCCAGUGCAAAAGUGUUAGCAGAAGCAGCUCAAAGCCAAUACAACAAAGAUUCCGGCAAAAUCGAUAACAAAAAGGUGGCUGAAGCUGCUGCUGAUGUUCUUGACGCUGCACAGAAAUAUGGAAAGUUAGAUGAAACUCAAGGAGUUGGACAGUAUGUUGAAAAAGCUGAAACUUAUCUCCACCAGUACGGUUCUGCUAACCCCUCCACCACCACCGAUGCUGCCGCUGCAAAGCCUCCUGCAGCCGUACCAGCUACUGAAGAAACAAAGGCACCGGCACCGGCACCGACUGCAGAAGAUACUGAAGAAACAAAGGCACCGGCACCGGCACCCGCACCAGCAGGAGAUGGUGAAUCGGCGAAAGCAUCUGAAGGUGGAUCAGGAUCAGAUUAUCUUAAGAUGGCUGGUGACUUCUUAGGCAAGAAGUGAUUAGUUUAAUCAGAUUUUUUUAAUAAUGGCUGUUAUAUUCCAAGUUUCUUUUCUUUCAUUUUCUUUGCCACUGUUCUGUGUUCAUUACCGGCGGCGAAUUUCUCUGUCGCCGGAGCUGUUUUUACUUGGCAUAUGUAAUUUGUAUGUAUGCUUUUUCCAGUAUGAUUUUUAGGGUGUAAUGGUAUUUGUGUUGUAUGGAUAAAGUGUGAUCUUUUAUAAUGUUAUUGGUGUAUAUGGUGUA